AUGAAAGCAUUAUGGACACAAAAUCACUGGUUGCCAUGACAACGGGGACGCCCUGCCGCCAGACGACUGGAAGGCCAACACGGCAAGCAUAGGCAAGGCACACUUGUGGCAGAGAUGGCAGCUACAAUGGAGGCGACCUCGGAGGACAAGGAGGAGGCCCCUGCCCCUUCAGCCACCAUUACAAAUACCGCUGAUGGUGAAGAAACGGUAACCGUGGAGGAACUAGAGGAACAGCUGAAGCAGUCCCAUGCAGAGACCGCUGCCGUCAGAGAGCAAGUCACGGCCCUCACGCAGCAGCUGGCCACCUCAGUUCCCCGCGCCGAGGCCCUCAUAGCGCGGCGGGACCUCGAACGGCGCAUCGAGACCCUCACCAGGGAUAACCAAACGCUGACUGAGGCGGUAGAGAAGGAACAGAGGGAGCGAGAAUGGCUGGAAGGGGAGCUGCGGGCCCAGUACGAGGCAGCAGAGGGAACGGACCAAGAAAUGACCAAUCUUCAGACCUUUGUGAGGAAGCUGCACGCUCUAGUGGAGGACAAGACCAAGGCUCUCGACACACAGAAGGAGGAGAGGGACAGCAUGGCAAGGCUCUUGGAAGAAGCCAAAGAGGAGGCAACACGGCUGAAGAAGGAGGUAGAGACACGUUCCCGCGUUCUUACAAGAGUGGAGGCCGCCUACAAGGAGACCACUGGAGUAAUCAAGCUUAAAGAGGAGGACUUGGUGAGACUACAAAAGGAAUCAUCGACGGCACGACGACAAUUUGACCAGCUGGAAAAAACAGUGAGACGACAGGAACAGAGACGAGCUGACAUCGAGGGUCAGGUCAAAAAUCUCCGUGGGCAGGUUAAGGUAUUAGAGAAGCAGGUUGUAACGGAGACCAGAAUGAGCCAGAGGUCAACUCGGCAGGCUGAAAAAGUGAAGCGCGAGAGAGACGUCCUGCACCGGGCUUAUGUCAAGGCUCAGGGCACUAUACAUAAGCAUUCAGGCCUCAUUCACAUCCGAGAGCUGGAAAGACAAAAUGCAGAGAGAGAAUUGGUGCGUAGGUCACGUGAUCUAAACAAGCAGGACCGUCUCAUUGAUACACUCCAGCGUGCCAAGGACAGACAAGUGGAGGAGACGUCAAGGUUGGAGACAAAGGUGGUGGAACUAGUAGAGGAGGUGGAGGUGCGGGGAAGGGACACAGAGAGGCUGAUGCACACUCAGGCUGCCACAGAAACAAGCCUUCAGCAGGCCACCUCCCUUUCAGAUGCACUCAAGACUGAUAAUUUCAUUCUGAGCCGACACCUUCGCAAUGUCCGGACUGAGAAAGAUGAGCUGCUGGAGGAGUCAAGGAAGGCUGGCUACCUGGUGACAAAGCUGCAACAAAACUUAAAUAGUAGAGACACUGAGAUCCAGAAACUCACUGCAGAGGUAUCCAUGCUGGAGCGCCUGACAGACCAGCUCAAGGCAGCAGAGCAUGCAGCGAGGAGUGUGGCAGAUGAGAGGCAGCGAGCAGUACAAUAUGCUGAGGCAGAGAAGGUGGGACUGACACGCCUCCUGCACCAAGAAGAGAACACCAACAAGGAACUGCACAAGGAGAUUGAGGAGGGACAAGCUGGGCGUGCUGUGGUGACAACACAACUGGCACGUCGCAAUGAUGAGGUGCGGGCGUUGCGGGAGAGAGUCAAACUGCUGGAGCAUGUGCUUCACAAAGGUGACAAAGACUACAACAACCGCAUCCAGGACAUCAAAACUCUAACUAAUGAGGUCAACUCUCUUCGUGAUGAGAGACAGGUGCUGGGACGGCAUGUCAAAUUGGUGGAGGCCCUCAAGGUGGAGUUGGUACGCCUUCAGAGGGAACUCAUCUCAUCACAGAAUAAGAGGGCAGUGCUGGAGGAGGAAAUCAUUCGUAGGGAAAAGUCUCACCGAUGGACUACUCUCAAGGCAUCUGAUCCAGGCAAGUAUGAUCUACUGAAGAAGAACCACCUGCUGCAGAAGAGGCUUGUGGCUGCCACUCAGAGGUUGGCAGCCAGCGAGGGAGAGAUUGCCCACAAGGAACGAGAGUUGGAGGAGAUGCGACGUGUGGUUGAGCGCUCAGCAAGUCAUCACUCUGAUGCUGCUGCAAAGCCUCACCUCAUCAGUCAGCUGCGGGCCAAGGAUGACCAAAUCAAGAGUGUGACAGCAGCUCUUAAUGUGGCCCUGCUGGCCCAGGAGGAGGCGGAGCAGGAGAGGCGCCACCUCAGGAACCAGCUGGCUGUCACCAUGCGCAAGAUGAAUAACCUCCAGCGGAGACUACAGGCCAAGCAACCAGGCACAGAUGCUGGAGGAACAGCAGCAACAACAACGGGAGCAACUGCAACAACACAGCCACCACCAUCAACAACAGCAACAACAACAGCAGCAGCACGAAGGGGUCAAGAGACUGACCCAGCUUAGUGGCUUUGCCCUGGUGCACUGGGGACAACAAAUCAUUGUGUGUGGAUGUUGAGGGCUGUCACGGAUACUAUCAGCAACACAGAUGAGAGAUGUUUUUGUUCUUUCAUUGAUAGAGACACUGGUGGUCUUUUAAUGAGUGUGUGAUCCAAUAUUGAGGAGUUUAUUAAAAAAGCAAAAGUACUGCCUUAUAA